AUGGAAGGGGAACCAUUGUAUGAAGCCUGGGAAAGAUACAAGGCUUUAAUGAGAAGAUGUCCGCCUGACAUGUUUAGUGAUUGGGUCAAACUCCAAAACUUCUAUGAAGGCUUGACUUUGGAAGCAAGGAAAGGAUUAGGCUACUCAUCAGGAGGAUCACUCAAUAUGAUGAAGACUGCUGAGGAGGCUCAAGACCUCAUUGAGAUUGUUGCAAACAAUCAAUACUACUACUCAUCAGAGAGGCAUCAUAACUCAACCCCAAAGAAAGGUGUGAUGGAGCUUGAAGGUGUUGAUGCUAUAUUGGCACAGAACAAAUUGAUGCACCAACAGAUCCAACAGCAAAUGGAAAUAAUGGCGAAGAGAAUAGAUGGCCUCCAAGUAGCUUCAGUGAGCACAACAAGUCAACCUUCAAUUGAAUGGGGCCACGGUGAAGUAGGAAAUGUUGAGCAGCAACAAGAACAAGUUCAAUACAUGCAGAAUGCUUCAAAUUCUUCUCAGAAUGAAUUCCAUGGUGACACAUACAACUCAUCCUGGAGGAAUCACCCCAACCUGAAGUGGGGUGAGAAUCAAAAUCAGUGGCAAAAGAACAACAACUCCAACCACUCCCGCAACACAAACAACCAAAAUUAUUCAUCUAACAACACUAACCAAUACAAGAAACCACAAAACACAUAUCAACCACCCCACAAUAAUUCACAAAGUCACCAAAAUAACUUUUCCACACCACUAUUCAACUCACAAAAUGCCCACCUCAAUGCCCUAAACAACUUCCAGCAACAACAAUCACACCCUAUCAUACCACCAAUUGAUCAUCAUGAAACUAGGAUCUCAAGUCUUGAAGCAGCCUUGCAAGCCCUUACCCAAAACACACAGUCACUUGCCCAGACCACUCAAUGUUUAGCCAAGGGGCAAGAGACUUUGAUUAAAGGAUAA